AGGAGGAAAGAGUAACACCCCAGGGCAAUCCCUAAGUCUAAGAUAGUCUAAGCAUAAUGUCGAGUGCCUCCAUGGCAGAGUCUGACUGGGACCUUCUGGACGCAAGUGCUGCCAGUGACUGGGAACUCUUGUCCCACACUCGUUGGGCGGAUGAUGAUGCCCGAUCUGUGGCCACUGACACCACGGACAUCACGGAUGUCUCUGAGAUCUCUAGCGCCACGUUGUGUACUUUACGUGGCUGGCCGGCCUUGGCACGUGCACAUCGUGCACACCGUGCACAUCGUGACUUGGACGAAUCUCAGAGCUACAAAGAUGCGUUGCUCCAAGGCGGUGGCGGCCUGGAGGGAGACAAGGCUUCGGAGAUGGCCAAAGGCCCAUCCCGACUGCCCGGUGUCUUUGUGAAUGGCUACCGUAAAAAAACACGGCCACUUCCAGCCAUUGAUGAAGAAAUGGAUGCAGAUGAAGAGUGGUGGCUGCGAAAGGGUCUAGGCUCUUUGUUAGCCAAACGUCGCUGGAAAUUUGAUCGUCGACCAGUCUUCUGCAAUGAGGAGAGGCGCCAAGGCUUUGGAAGACAGCAACCAACCUGGGAGUAUGAAUUUGGCCAGUCAGCGGAAGGUUACUGUGCUCCAGAGGAUGAUGAUGACGACCUAUGACGACCUAUGAAGAGCCAAGAGCUCGAAAAGUUAGAACCAGUGAGGCCCCUUGAAAGUCGCACAGUCCAUCUGAUGGAACAAUCUUCAGGGGUGCCCAGUGGGCUCUUUCGGCUGGUCCAAAUCUGUUUGCAUUGCUAGGCUCGGGCGAAUGAACCAUGCAGCUAGGUUUCGCCUGUAAUUCGCAGCAAGGUCCUGAGACGAUGCUGCUGAAAACUCUUCCUUCGAUUCGGCAGUGUGGCAAUGUGGCGAGCGUGUAGCCAUGUGUAGCCCUCACACAAGACCCAAUGCUUCUGCGAUGUACAUAGUUUCAACACGUGCGAUGAAAGGCAGAGCUGAGGU